AUGCAGCACCCCCGCCUGAGCUCCACACGCAUGUUCCACGCCAUGCCCUGUCCCUCACCCUCUCGCGCUAGCCCCACCGCCGCCAGCGCGCGAGCGUACACAACAGGCGCUUCCUCAAAACCCGCCCUGUCGCGGCACGCCCAUUUCUACUCCGACCUCGUCCCGGGCAUGAUCCCCAUCGCCCUCCUCGGAUCUGCCAUCUACCUGGGCGCCCGUCUCUUGCAGUCCAAUUUGGCUCACGAAAAGUACUUGGAGGAGUCACGCGCGCGGGUGCGCGAGCUCGAGGCGGAGGUGGAGGCCCUCCGAAACCAGCAGACUCAGGCACAGUAUGCCAUUUCAGACGCUACGCACGUUCGGGACACGCACGCCACCGACGCCAAGUCGCGCUCUUGGUGGCCUUGGUGGUAA